AUGAUUCUUCAGGGAGUUCUUCUCUCCGUUCUCCUUGUUCUUGGUGGGUUACUGUAUUUCAUUUGUCAUCAUCUUUUUUCUGGACGCUGUUUGCUUACCCUUUUUAUUAUAUUUUUAAGGACAAUCGGCCGGUAUUCGUAGCGGAAAGAUCGUGUACACCCCUCCAUAUGGUGCUCCCCCACCAGCCUCUACUGUCCCACCAGCACCAGUAAAUGUGAUCCCAACCACAACCCUCGCCCCAGUCGACUUUGAUUGCAGUUCCAAACUCAACGGGUACUAUUCAAAGCAACCUUGCAGCUCCACCUUCUACUUCUGUAAUGGAGGUAUGAAAAAAUUCAAAUUGAAAUCGAACUAUAGCAUGACCUUCUUUUAUUUCAUCAUUUUUUAGGUCAUGCUUUCCAACAAGUGUGUCCCCCAGGAACUGGAUAUGAUGUGGUUGCCCACCAAUGCGAGUAUAUUUCCGAAUGUGGAAAGCCCAAGACGACUACGACUGCGGCUCCAGCCCCAGUCAACGUCCAACCAACCACGACCCCAUCAACUGAAUGUGUCGGUCGUCCAGAUGGAAUCUACGAACGGGGAACCUGUCAGAACAGCUAUCUACACUGUGCCAAUGGAAACGCCUAUCCUCUGGCCUGUCCAGCCAACUUGGCCUACAAGAAUGGAACUUGUCUCUACGUGGCUGAUUGCCUGGCGUAAGUUUUGUUCCGAAUUAAUACAAAUGUACUACGGUUCUCUAACUGAUUCACUCCUAAAUUCUCGCUUUUAGCCCACCUACCACUACUGCUGCCCCUGCCCCAGUUAACGUUGCUCCUCCCGCCCCAAUCCAACCAGCUCCAGUCGUAAAUCCCUAUGCUCCUCCGGCUCCCCCAGCCACCACAGCUCCACCAGCUCCAGUUAAUGUUCAGCCUCCGGUCCCACAGAAUCCUUACGCCCCCAUCGUACCCGCUGUUCCAGCGACGACGGUUGCUCCAUCUCCAGUGAAUGUUCUGCCCUCCACCACCCAGGCUCCUUCAUUUAACUGUCAAGGGCGUCCAGAUGGUCAAUACAGCAACACAUGGUGCGGCCAACAGUUCUACAUCUGCUAUGGAGGUGAGAAACUUGAAGAUGCCAAAUAUAAAACUAUUUGUAAAUUCUAAUAUUUUGUUCUUCUAGGUGUUGCUUACCAGCAAAACUGCCCCGCCGGAACUGGUUAUGAUGCCGGAAGCAACACUUGUGAAUGGACUAGCGAGUGUGGAAAGCCCAAGACCACAACCACCACUGCUCCUCCUGCUCCAGUCAACGUUCAGCCAGCUCCUCCCCAGCCUGCCCCAGUCCAAUACGGAGCUCCCCCAGCCCCUGUCAACAUUCUCCCCACCAUUCCACCUCCAGCUCCAGUGACUGUUGCUCCAACAACCGCCGCUCCAUCUCCAGUCAGCAUCUCUUGUGCUGGGAAAGCUGACGGUUUCUAUGGCCAAGGAUGCAGUGCCCAGUACACUUCAUGUGCUGCUGGAAAUGGAUAUGCCUUCAGCUGUCCGUCUGGUCUUAAAUACAGUGCUCAGACUGGAAGCUGCGAUUGGAGUGCCAACAUCCCAGAGUGCGGAGGAACUCUUCCAACCACCACUGCUGCUCCGUAAGCUCUCAUUUUGUACUGUUAGAAUUUUUUUAAAUUGUUUUGAGUACCUACGGCACCAAUGACUUUUUUCUUUCAGAGCUCCAGUCAACGUUGCCCCAGUUCAACCAGUUCCCCAAGUGCAGCCAGUCCAACCAACUCAGCCUGUCUAUGGUCAGCCCCCGGUCCAGCCAGCCCCAGUUCAAACCACCACUGCCGCCCCCGGGGACAAUCUAUGUGCUAAUCUUCAGAACGGAAUCUACGGCAGACGCUGUUCCCGCCAUUACUUCGUGUGCUCGGCCAACAAGACCUACGAGUUCACAUGUCCCGGCGGAUAUGCUUACGAUCCAGACAGCAGCCAGUGUGCCCCCAAAGAGCAAGUCCGAGUGUGUGCUGGCCUGGUCACUACCACCGCCGUCCCCUCCCCCGUCAACGUCUCUCCUCAACAACCAUUCAACCCAUAUGCCGGUUACUAA